GAGGAGCACCUGCACCACCACGGGCACCACCACGGGCACCCACAUGAGGAGGAGCACGUCCGGGCGCCCAGUGGGCACCACCAGGCCGGCCGCUGCCUGCUGUGGGCCUGCAAGGCUUGCAAGAGGAAGACCACCAAUGCCGACCGCCGUAAGGCUGCCACCAUGAGGGAGCGGCGGCGGCUCAGCAAGGUCAAUGAGGCCUUUGAGACCCUCAAGCGCUGCACCUCCCCCAACCCCAACCAGCGCCUGCCCAAAGGGGAGUACCCAGUGCUGGAGCACUACAGCGGGGAAUCGGAUGCCUCCAGCCCCCGCUCCAACUGCUCCGACGGCAUGAUGGAGUACAGCAGGCCUCCUUGCAGCUCUCGCAGAAGAAACAGCUAUGACAGUAGCUACUACACAGAAUCACCAAAUGAUCCAAAGCAUGGGAAGAGUUCUGUUGUUUCCAGCCUCGAUUGCCUCUCAAGCAUUGUAGAGAGGAUUUCCACAGAUAACUCCACAUGUCCUAUACUGCCUCCAGUGGAAACUGUUGCUGAAGGGAGUCCCUGUUCCCCCCCUGAAGGAGCGAGUCUGAAUGAUAGCGGAGCCCAAAUUCCUUCCCCCACCAACUGUACCCCACUUCCCCAGGAUAACAGCAGCAGCAGCAGCAACAACCCUAUCUACCAAGUGCUAUAAGGCAGGUCCAGCUGGACUGCACUGAAAACAAAUUGCUCCGUUCAGCCAAGCUCCGAGACCUGCCUUCUAAGACUGAAAAGACUUCUCAAGACUUGUUCCAGUUUUAAAAUAUCACUCAAAAUUCCCUCAAAUAUGUAACUUUUCAAACCUGUAUUACUUCAAAAUACUCCUAGUUAUUUAUUGGUUGUUAAACUAAAGUUAUUUAAUAUGUCUAGAGAUAAAAUUGUAUACCAUGAAAUGGCCAAUGUUUAAUCUGGGCUUUGGGGAAUAGGAACCUGGCUCUUGAAUGCAGAGGAGAAUGAAAUCUGUGACGGUAGUGCCAUGACAGAUCCUUCCUGUUACUCCUGUUCUGGCCAAAAUAA